AAGAGAGAAAGGAAGCGAAGCCCUGCGCAAAAGAGAAAAACAGCAACAACAAAGCACACGGAUGUGUGUCCGUUAUAAAUACCCACACGCUACCACCACCGAGUUUCCCCCCUCCCCGCUCUUCCUCUCCUCCACUCUUUGAGGAAACAUCCAAGCGCUCCCUCCAUCUCAAGCGGCGACGUACGAUUACAAGGUAGGAAAAAAAAAAUCAUAGAGUGACAACACAGUUUCGCGUUAGAUCUGAGCAAUGGGGGAGGAGAGGAUGACGGCGAAGCCUGAGGCCGUCGAGCUGCCAGGAUUUGUGAUGAGCGCUGACGAGGCGGAGCGCGCGGCCGCGGCGGCCGGGGUGGAGACGGUGGAGGACCUGCUGCCCCUGCUGAUCCCUUCCGCGAUGCGGCGCGCGCGCCCCCCGAUCUCGCGGUUCCCCGUGGGCGCCGUCGGGCUGGGCGAGAGCGGGCGCGUGUACGCCGGCGUGAACCUCGAGUUCCUGGGCGCCCCUCUCUCCCAGGUGGUCCACGCCGAGCAGUUCCUCAUCGCCAACGCCGCUGCCGCCGGGGAGCCCGCGCUGCGCGCCAUCGCCGUCUCCCACAUGCCUUGCGGCCACUGCCGGCAGUUCCUCCAGGAGAUCCGCGGCGCCGCCGGGAUCCGCAUCCUGGUGACCUCCGACGCCGCCGACGGCUGCGCGGCCGAGUGGCGCUCGCUGGCGUCGCUCCUGCCCCGCCCCUUCGGCCCCCAUGACCUCCUCCCCAAGGACGCCCCCCUCGUCCUCGAGCCGCACGACAACCGCCUCGGCGAUCCCGUUGACGCCGUCGCCAAUGGCUUCGCCGCCGGCGACCUGGAGGGGCGCCUGAAGGAUGCCGCGGAGGCGGCGGCGCGCGCGGCGCACGCGCCAUACAGCGGGUGCCCGUCGGGGUUCGCGGUGGCGGACGGCGAGGGGAAGGUGUACGCCGGGGGCUGCCUGGAGUCCGCGGCGUACAACCCGACGCUGGGCCCCGUGCAGACGGCCAUCAUUGCGAUGAUUGCCGCCUCCGGCGGCUCCGCCGGCGAUGUGGUGGCGGCGGCGCUGGUGGAGAAGGAUGGGGCGGUGGCGGCGCAGGAGGCGACGGCCAGGGUCUUCCUGGCCGCUGUGGCGCCGCAGGCGAGCUUCCACGUGUACAAGUACAGGUCGCCCGAUGUGUGAUGCGUGCCUCCGGACCCUCUCUGGGGUGGGGAGAGAUCGGACGAGAUAAUGUUCAUAAUCUUCAGGAAUAAUAUGACGAGAAAUAAUCUUGUGCAGAUGGGUGAGCUGUAAAUUCCACAUGGCGCUCGUGGUUUGCUGAUCGGACACCAAGAGCUGGGGCCUACUUACCAUUCUUGUAUUCAUGUGUGUAUUAUCAUAUGAGAAAAAUAUAUAUUACUCGUACUACGUAGUAAAAAUCCUCUAAACGAUGGGAUGCCGUAAUAAACAGGUGAAGUAUUUCUUGGA